CAUAAGCCAGUACCUCACCGAAGGAUUGCAUCCACGGUACUCCGCUCUACAACAACAGCGCUGGAGGACCAUGCUUUGCAUAUAAGAGAUGGUGUGGCGGCGCUUGGCCACCUCAUCCUGUCCGGGCUACUUUUCUUCUCCGUCCUCUUGUCGUCCACUAGCGGUUUGCCGUUCGGAGCCUUCUCGCCCACAACAAGCUAUUGUCGUACCUCUCGGGUGGCAAACAUGCCAUCUCAAUCAUCACUCUACGUUGCCCUGUAUCAGAUAGGACUCGGGCGUUAUCACUGGGCUCUCGUAGUCACUCCCUACAACGGCCCCGUCAACAAUGGUCCCCUCUUCCAGAUCACCAACCAAGACAUUAGCCAGCCGCGAAGCAUCGGCGCAUGGAGAAAGUCCCACAAGAUGUCGACGGAUUUGCUCAAGAGCUCAUCCUUCGUAGGGUGCGUCAGGCUUCCUGACUGCACCAUCUCCGCGCAGCACAUGACUGCUUGGAUCGCCGAGCAAGAUCCACAGCAGGGGGAUACUCAACUGCCAGUGGGGCAAGAGUGGUCAUGCUCGCAGUGGGUUAUCCGCGUUCUACAACGGCUCAUGGAAACGGGGAUAUACAGAGUGGAUCUCAGGCAUUUCCGUGCGAAGAUCCUGAUACAUGCCAAUAACCUGUCGCAGAUGCACAACAGGAACGCGAACCAGCUUCACACCGUAGUUUACGCCUAGGUAUUGAAUAUCCUCCUUUCGUACCAUACCAUUGCUAGUGUACAAUAGUCGAUAUGCGAUACAGAUAGA